UUCUUCCCAUUUUUAUUCGUGUAACUUUCGGUGCUUUUGCUCUGCUUUCAAGAUGCAUUCAGAUCUGCUGCUGCGUGACUGCUUCAGAGCCAGCAAAUACCCUGAAAUGUGUAAUUCGAAUUUUUCAGCUUUCACGAGUAACCUUUCAUUUGUUGCAUUUCCAGUUUCCAACACCAUCUCACCAACAAAGAUUUUACCAAAAACCUUAGGACCAAUAAAUGUGAAUGUUGGACCCCAAAUGAUUAUAAGCACACCACAGAGACUAACCAGUGCAGGAAGCGUUCUGAUCGGGAGUCCAUAUACGCCUGCACCAGCCAUGGUUACUCAGACACACAUAGCAGAGGCUACUGGCUGGGUCCCAGGUGAUAGAAAACGGGCUAGAGAAUUUAUAGACUCUGAUUUUUCAGAAAGUAAACGAAGCAAAAAAGGAGAUAAAAAUGGGAAAGGUUUGAGACAUUUUUCAAUGAAAGUGUGUGAGAAAGUUCAGCGGAAAGGAACAACAUCAUAUAAUGAAGUAGCUGAUGAGCUGGUAUCAGAGUUCACCAAUUCCAAUAACCAUUUGGCAGCUGAUUCGCAGGCUUAUGAUCAGAAGAAUAUUAGACGAAGAGUUUAUGAUGCUUUAAACGUGCUAAUGGCAAUGAACAUAAUUUCAAAGGAAAAAAAAGAAAUCAAGUGGAUCGGCCUGCCUACCAACUCAGCUCAGGAAUGUCAAAACCUGGAGAUAGAGAAGCAGAGGCGGAUAGAACGGAUAAAGCAGAAGCGGGCUCAGCUGCAAGAACUUCUCCUGCAGCAAAUAGCGUUCAAGAACCUGGUACAGAGGAAUCGGCAAAAUGAGCAGCAGAACCAGGGCCCUCCAGCCCUGAACUCCACCAUUCAGCUGCCAUUUAUAAUCAUCAAUACAAGCAGAAAAACAGUCAUUGAUUGCAGCAUCUCCAGUGACAAGUUUGAAUACCUUUUUAAUUUUGACAACACCUUUGAGAUCCAUGAUGACAUAGAAGUACUGAAGCGCAUGGGAAUGUCAUUUGGCCUGGAGUCAGGGGCAUGCUCCCUGGAGGACCUGAAGCUUGCUAAAUCGCUGGUGCCAAAGGCCCUAGAAGGUUACAUCACAGAUAUCUCCACAGGACCUUCUUGGUUAAAUCAGGGACUGCUUUUGAACUCUACCCAGUCAGUUUCAGAUUUAGACCUGACCACUGGUGCCACCUUAUCCCAGUCAAGUGUCAACCAAGGGUUAUGCUUGGAUGCUGAAGUGGCCUUAGCAACCGGGCAGCUCCUUGCCCCAAACAGUCACCAGUCCAGCAGUGCGGCCUCUCACUGCUCUGAGUCCCGAGGCGAGACCCCUUGUUCGUUCAACGACGAAGAUGAAGACGAUGACGAGGAGGAUUCCUCCUCCCCAGAAUAAAGACAGGAGGAAAUCCACCUUUUGUUAUUUGAUGCUCAUGUGUGUCUUUAGUGUGAGCGCUUGUUUUUGAAAUGAUUGCUUCAGUCUUUGCCUUUGUUUGCACCGUGUGUUCCGUGAAAACUAGAGAAACACAAUAAGCAAAUCACAUGAAGGCCAAGAUGAUUGAGACAAAAGCGAACGUAGUGUGAAUGAAAACUGACCGGCAGAGCAAUAGGUCACGUUGCCGACAAAGCCUGUUUUCAGAGGUGAUAGAGGAGGCACAAUCCCUGAAGAAUUGGCAGCAUAAAUGAAGCUCAUUUAUCUUCCCUGGGGUGGGAUCUUUGUGUCCCUCCCCGCAACCCCCAUGCCCAUAUAAUCCUUGAAAUUGAGAUUGCUACAAGGAAUAGUCCUUGGCGAUCAUGCUUCUCGUGUUUCUCUCCUAGCCUGGGCUGCCUUCUACAAGGCAGAAAUAAACAUGAAAAGUCCCAGUAGGGGGAGCUAUACAUGAGGGUUGUAGAUGGACAAUCCUGUGGCCUGAGGGGCACAGACUGAACUGCUGAACUAGUGGGAAGUCCAGUCGAGGUGCUUUAUGCAUCAGCUGCCUUAGACAGCUUCUAGAAAGGAGCGAAUGCUAAUUCUUAAGUACUUAAGUGAGAUUUAGAAUAAUUUAUAGUAAAACUGAAAUGACCAUUAUUAGCCAACGCAUUGGUGCAUAGAAUAUACUAGGGCUAUUUCUGGAAGCCAAAAUAGAAUAGCAUUUCCACGUGCAUUGAACACUUUGCCAGCACUGCCUUCUGCCAGCAUUCUAAACCUGGAACCUUACGGGGAAGGAAACUGUAUCUAUAGUUUUAAUCAUGCAUUUCGUACAGCUUUUUCAUUUAAAAGAAAACAAAGAAACCCCUGUGAUCGAAUCGCCUGCCCGCAGUUCCCUGCAGUGAUUGUAUGAUUUCACUCAGUGUGCAAUUUGUGAAACUGAACCAAAUGGCAUUACUUACGUCUUAAAAGCCUCUUUCAAGGACCUGAACUUUCAAGAACCUGAACAACAGUGUUUCCAUGUCACGUUUUGUACAUUUUCAUUAAUCAGAACGACUCUGUUGGGUUUAUUCCUGGGUAAACUGCGUUUCAAUCUAACCCACUAUUCAGUGUUUCAUGGAAACACUGAAAAACGCUGAACACUCCAGAAGAUUUGGUUUAUGGUGGGGUGGAAAAAGUAUGUCGUUUUAUAGCCAAAGAUGCCAUUAGUAAUCCCACGCUGGUGUGUUCACAGCCCGGCCCCUCUGAGUAGAUGGUGUGAGGACACCCGCCAUCAUGGCCCAACAAGGAAGCAGCUAGACCGUGACCUGUUAAAGGCACUGAGCACGUGUAAUGGACACAGGGGAAAAUAAGUGUGAGUCUCAGUGAUAUUUUGCGAAUUUGAAGAAAUUAUUUUGAAUAAAAAAAGAAACAUCAAAAUUAAGGGCAUAACUUCUACAAGUAGAUUAGCAGUUUACAAUUAAUUUCACAUUAAAGGUCUUGAAAAACGCAAAAUCCUAAUGGCAAAAUUAACUCUAAAGCUUUGAGCGGAAUGUAAUGGAAAGGUUAACUCUAAAACUUUGACUGGAAUGAUUUUGGUGUUCCUUGAUUAUGCAUCUAGCACCCAUGAGCCCAGCACCGAGCUCCUCCCAACUAACCCUCUUCUCAAUCCCACAGGGGAGGCACAGGCUCUCUCCUGGGACGCAUUGUCAAAGCUCUGCCGCCAUGCUUCCAGUGAGCUGGAGGUAGACGCUUGGCUGGCUUAAACUUUGUAUUAAAGUUAGAAAAACUGAUAAACAUGAACAUACAACUUUAGCUUUAAUUAAGCUCCUUUGAAACAAAGCCCUCAUUCUGUCAGGAAUAAGCCAUCGGCACAGGCUGACUCAGUGUUGGCGGGAGGGAGAAGCAGGGAGGCAAAGGCAGUUUUUAGAGAAUUCUGGUUUAGAUGACUUCUGGAGCACAGCUCCUCAACCAGUCAGGCAGAGGAGUUAAGCGCUGCAGGGGUCUUGGUGGGUCCCCAUGGGCCGGCAGGAGACGUUUCUCACUGGGAAGCCAUCAGCCGUGCAGGUCAGGUCAAACAGGGUUUCCUCCAAACCAUCUUUUAAGGGACUGCCUGCUCCUUUGCUGACUCCAGCCCUUCUUGUCCCUGAACCUCAGGGGGGCCCAGAGAGGCCCAUGGGCAUAGCUAGUUUUUUAGUCUUCACUCAAAAUAGCGUGUCUUAGGUCCCAAGAUACAUUUCAACGUUCAUGACAAGUCCAUUAGUUAUAACCAAAUAGCAAAAUCCUCGUUAAGAGGGAAACUGCCUCCUUCUCUCCUCAUCUCUGCUGCCGUAGUGCUUUAAAUUGAUAAAAUAUGGGAUGGGCUUAAAAAAAAAAAAGCAACCAAAGUCUCUUAUCCUUAUUGGCGGCCCUUCUUUGGCCGUCCCAGCCACAGGUGGUUGUGUCUCCCUGGAAAUGGCCUCCGCUUCCCCAUAAUGCAUUUGGGUUACUGCGAAGGACAUGCUGUGGUCACCAGUACUGUGGCUGGUAUAAAACCUGACCUAAAGAGAAAACUAAGUUAACUGAGACGUUAAAAAGAUAGAUUCCAUUAUUCUUCUUUAUCUCCCCUUACUUACCCGGGUCUGAAGUUGAACACUGAGUCAGAAUUUCAUAAAGCAAUUGAAGUGAAAAAGAUGUUAGGAAAUUGCUGGUGUCAGCUCAAGGCUUCCUUGUAGGAGCAGUACCCUGGGAUAUGUGCGUGGACACAAAUCACCACUCCCAGAGGGUGCAGGCCACAUUCUGCUUUGGGGGAGUUAGCGAGGCCUUUUCCCCUUGGGAGUCUGUUUGGCAGUGUCAUUCGGUCAGUCAGCUGCUGCCCGCCAAGCACAUGUGCUGGAGGUACCCAGCAGCCUUGUUGACCGUCGUGUGCAGAGGCAAUGCCACCAGGGCUGGGCAGUGCUGAAGGCUUCCAGGGGCGGGUGAGAAUGCACCUACCCAGGCCUCUCCUAGCCCUUCCUCACUGUCAUUCUGUCUCUCAUCUGCUUAAUCUUUUCAUGUCCAGGUGACGUAGAGCAUUGGUAUGAAUUGUGCCUUAUGGUCGUGGAGGACCUUGGGGAGGGGCAGGAAAGGAGGUGCUGAUGUAGUGAUUCUUCACCUCUCAACGAUGCCUGCUGUUCUGGAAUACGUCACAUAUCACAACCACGUUUGGCUUCCUUCCAUUGAGUUCUUUAUGGAAGCGCUGGGGAGAAAAAGCCAUGCAGAUGCUGCCAUCUUAGCAGGAUGGAAGCGGGCAGCUCCCCCCGUUAGCAGAUUGACGGCUAUAACCAUAACCUGCCAUACUUGACAGUAGUAGCAGACCUCAGAAACAAGUCAGCCUUUAUCCGGUACUUCACAGUGAAUGUACAUGUCUAUUUCUUCAUUCAGUGUGUGCUUGAGCACCUGUUACGUGCUGUGCUAGGGCUAGGCACUGGGACAGAGAGCAGGGACAGACAGCCAUGCCCUCAUGGAACUCUGGUUUUACGGAAAACAGAUGAUCACAAGCAAAACAUUCAGAAGCAUCAGUGCUGUAGAAAACAACGGUGCAGUGAGACAGUGGGGGAAGGCUACUGUAGCUGAGGUGGCCUGGGCAGGCCCCUCUGAGAAAGUCCUGAAUCAGCCAAUUGAAAGAACCACCCUGUAGCUUCCUAACACACCACACGACCCAUGACAUGCUCAGGAUCACUCCUAAACUCUAAAGGCCCCACCGUUCCAGUUUUAAGCAUACAUUUUGGGUUCUGUUUAGGAACUUUUAAGAUUUAAAAGAAAACCAAACUUAUCUACCAACAAUAUCCAUAAACCAAGGGAAUAUUCCAACUAACCCAUGACCUUCUGAUUAUUGCCUUUGUUACCUUCCAGGUGAACCUACAUAGUAGAAAAGUGAUUCGAAACUGGAGAACUUUCCUACAUGUUUCUCCUAGUUUUCCAGGUUGUUGGGUACAUAAAAAUCUGUUUUUUAUAUCGGAUACAGAAAACAUGAUCUGCUUUUAUUCUGCGUGUGGGCUGGCUUUGGUGGAGCUAACGACUACCUAAGGACCACUUUUCCAGAAGGAAUUCCAAUUUUCAUGGACCCAAAGCAAUGGUCCCAAAUACUCAUAAUAUGUAUUUGCAUAUAGUGUAUAUUGUGCCAGAAGCCUGCACCAUGCCAUUCAAGUGACUCAGAAAUGUGCCUCCCUGCCCCCUAACACAGUCCCUUCAAUGACAAAUAACCAAGAUGCCAGGGAAAUGCCAAAAUGUCACCUGCUGUUUAACUGUCAUUCAGGCCAAACAGUGUUGCUCAAAAGGAAAAAGGCUUGAUUUUUUUUUUUUUUGCUUGAGAUUUUACCUUUUAAGAAAAUAUUCAAGCUAAGUGCCCACAUAAACUAUAACAUUUCUCAGGUAAUAGCCCCUUUACUUAAACAAGAUAUCCCUGAAGGUACACAUAGAUAAUCUUUGGGAUCCAACUUUCCCACGUAUGUCUACACUUGUACUCUGGAAGAAAAAGUGGGGGACGUAAAACUUUCACCUUCCAGUUAUGCCUUAGAGUCCCUGACAGGGACAAAAAGCUUACAUAAUAGCAGCCCCAUCCAUUCACCAUUGUAUCGACACAGGAGAAAUUGUAUUCAUCUAUUAUGUGUAUCCUGUGCAGCCGUUGUCUUAGCCAAGUUCAUCUUGUAUCAUUCUUACAUAGCCUUUGCUUUAGAAAAAGGCCUAUAGAAUCUAAUACUCUCUUGACCACUUGCUGCUCCAGCGGAUUGGACUUUGGUCCUCCCUGCUCGUAGUUGGAUUGGAAGGAAGCAUGGCAGCUGAAGCGUAGAGAGGUAUUGGCCCACCCGUUUUCCACCAAGGAUCUCAGGUCGGAGAGAUCAGCUCUUCAAACCCAUAUUAGAGAUGUGGAACAAGUGGAGAGCAUGGCUUGCCCAAGGUCUCUCAGCCGAUCUGUGGCAGAGUCUGCACCAAAACCCUGGGUUUCUUCCAACAAGAGCCACAUUGCCUCCUGAAAACUACGCCCUCUCCAAAUCCUUCCAGAUGGCUGUUGGAUUAGCAUCAGUCACUCCAAGUGCCAAAUAGCUGGGGAGCAGAAGUGGGGCUCCGCCUCUCCUGAGUCCCAGCGUGAGGCUGUGGUGUCAACUUCGGGCCUCUCCCAACUCAGGAGACCCAGGUUUAGACAGUCACACCUGGGAAGAAACUCAUUCCUACACUGGCAAAGAUUGUCAUUCACACCUGUAGGGGCCUUAAGAGGUUAGGUUACCAGUAGGCCCUCUGUACCACAUGAGCUUGUUUCCGUUCAUCUCUGUCUCAACAGAAGACUUACCCACGUCAUUUGUGGGCCUUAAAACCCAACUGUGUCCUGCUUCACCAGUGUCACCUGCCAUGCUUUAUGGUCAACAGGACAGGCACCGUCUAAUAGCAGAUAGCCUCAUGGUUUUUCUUGUUCACGACUGGGGUUAAAGUUUUUUUUCAUACUAAGAUCCCUGAAGGCCCAGUCACUUUAGCGCUAAAAGGCUUCUCUGAGCACACUGAAGUUCUAUUUUUCCCAGUGGUACCAGGAUAAGUUCACGAAAAAUGGAACUGCAAAGUAGCCAAGGGCACUACUGCUCAGGAGGCCUGAGCUCUGAGGAACACGUUUCAGUACUGUGAGUUCCGUCAGGUGUUUUGUUCAAUACCGCUACACUUGACUUUUAGACAAAAAAAAAAAAAAAAAGGAAAGGUGGAGG